CACUCAAAACCACAAUCACAAUCAAAGUCACAAUCAAAGCAAAUUCGUGUGAAUCCAUUUGCCGUUCGGAAGCCACAACUAAACAAAAUAAAUUCACAAAUGUCACACUCAAUCAAACAAAUCGAUAUAGCAAAUUGUAACAAAAAUCGGAAUACUCCGAAAUUAAUUUCAAACUUUUACCGUCAAAAAUUUGCUCCCAGUAAAAACAAACAAUUUUCACAAUCAAAAGCUACCAAAAACAAAGGAAAAAAGUCAAUUCAAAUUCAAACUCAAAUCAAAAAAACCACUGGGCUCCUUUCAAAGUACAGUCGGAAAGGAAAAAUUUUCGUCGGGCUCCAAACAUCAACCAAACUCAAACACAUCAUCGAGCCAAUCAAUUCAUGGGUCCAAAGGAGCUCAGGCUAUUGAAUCAAAUGGUCAGCCAAUUAAGCAGUCUCCUCAAUCGAUUUUAGUGACUUCACACGACAUUUAUUACCAAAACGUUCGUGGCCUUCGUACCAAAUCCAAACAAUUCUUUUGCAAUUCGUCGACAUUUUCUCAUUCGAUCGUGGUCUUGACGGAAACAUGGCUGAACAAUUCACAUUUCUCGUCAGAAUUCUUUGACAAUUCAUACCAUGUUUACCGCAAAGAUCGUUAUGAGACUGAUUCAUUGUUAAGUCGAGGUUGGUGGUGUACUCAUCGCAGUAAGCUCCAAAUUAUCAUCCACAAACAUUGCACUCGAUGACACAAGUAAAUUGGAAUACGUGUGCGUCAAAAUCAACAUUAAUGCAAAAUUCAAUGUUUUUAUUUAUGCGGCUUAUAUUCCGCCGAACUCACAGCCGGAUAUAUACAAAUGCCACUCGAAUGCCAUAAAUCAUAUUCCAUUAAGCCCAAAUGACACCAUCAUUAUAAUGGGUGAUUUCAAUCUACCCCUUGUCAAUUGGAUAACGGAUGAUGCUGAACAUAAUGUUCUCAUUCCAACGUGCGUCACUCCUUUGCAUGCGGCAGAUUUUAUUGAAGACAUCACUGCAAAUGGUGUCUAUCAAAUUAAUUCUAUUCGCAAUGCCAGUAAUGGGCUGCUCGAUCUAAUAUUUACCAAUGAUUUCAUGAAUGUCGAAGUUUCUUCUACACCGCCAUUAUCGUCCAUCGAUGAAAAAUAUCAUCCGCCGAUUCUAUUAUCGUAUGAAUGGCACAUGGGCAACGUAACUCAAGAGCAAAUUUCAACUCAAAACUUCUUCAAAGCCGACUACAUCGCAAUAAACCGGUACUUGGAAGAGGUAAAUUUCUGUCAACAGUUUUUAAACAAGACACUCGAUCAAAAAGUGGACAUUUUGCACCAAAUUCUCAACGAUGCGAUCGAUAAGUACGUGCCCAUUCAAACGAAAAAAGUUAAACCAAAAUGUCCGUGGCAAAAUAAGCAACUCCAGUCUCUCAAAAACAAAAAGAACAAAGAAUGGAAACGAUCGAAGUUUACUGGCGAUGAUUCAAAUUAUUUGAUGGCACUUGACAAGUUAACCAAAUUAAACACCGAACUAUAUAACUCUUAUGUUGACAAAGUUUCUUCUUCGUUGAAGUCUGAUCCAUUAUCAUUCUGGCGCUUUGUCAACACGAAGAAAAAUAGUGACUGCGAUCCAAAAUCGCUGCAGUUUGGUGAAAAAUCAUCGGUUGACAAGAAGGAGCAAGCUGAAAUGUUUGCAACAUUCUUCAAAAAUAACUUCGCAAAUCAACCGUCUCAAUUUCAACCGACAGCACUAUGUUAAUUCCAACACAAUCAAACUCAAAUGAGGAUCAAUUCAAACUCAACGAAUUUUCAAUUUUCGACGAGCUGAUUCAAAUCAACUCUAAGAAGGUGCUGGUCCGGAUGGAAUUCAUCCCAUUAUUCUCAAAAAUUGUGCUGCUUUACUGUAUAAACCGCUAACAAUCAUUUUCAAUGAAUCGUUCUCCACUGGGAAUAUUCCCACCGGAUGGAAGCGCUACAGUGUCGGACCAAUUUUCAA